AUGGACACACCGGCACGGAACGAUGGCCUCAACGAAGGUGCCAAGCAGUUUCUGGAACGAGAAGCACGCAGAAAGGCGGCCGCAGAAGAUAUGAGACUGACAGCGGAGAAGGCGGCCAACUCACGCCCGGAAUGGAUGCUCUUACCUCCUUCGUUAUCGAAUGCGUCAUCAUUGCAAGCGGUGGCAGGUGAUCCGCUCAACUUGAAAUCGCGCGGAUUUGCUCAAACCACGCCACGCGUAUCGGCUCGUGGAGGCGGCAGCGGCAGCGCAAAUGCAGAGGAUGCGGAUACGAGCGUUUGGACCGAGACGCCCGAGGAACGGCUCAAGCGGAUGCGAGAUGAAGUGUCUGGUGUCAAAGCCAAAGGCGAUUCUGGUAUCAGCGACAAGGAGGCACUGGAGAGGGAAAGUUCCCGACGUUACGAUUCGCACCGUUCCCACACUAGUUCGCGCCGCAGACACUCGGACUCUUCCGACGAUGAUGAGCGAAGGCGAAGGAGAAGAAAAGAGUCGGAUCGGCGCCGAGACAAGGACAAUCGGAAGGUUCGAGAAGACGACCGCAAAGGGACAAAAUCACGUAAGGAGAGGGAAGAGGAGGAAGUACGUUCGGGCAAAGCGACUGCUCCGAUGAUCUGGGAUCGCGAUGCUGCGCUCAGUGUUGGUGGACGGCUGAUGGACGAAAAGAAGAGGGGAAAGAUGAUGGCGGAUGCCAGUGCGCUCGGUGACCGCUUUGGCAGCGGCUCGAAGCGUUUCUUGUAA